AGAUUUUUUAUGUUUGUUAUCAUCAUCCUCUUACUGUUUUUCUUCUCUACACUCUCAUGUGGAACUGAUAUCAUGAUCUCAUCCACCAAUCUAAGUGAUGGUGCGACCUUAGUUUCUAAUGAUGGAAGCUUUGAACUGGGCUUUUUCAGUUCUGGAAGCUCCACCAAGAGCCGUUACUUGGGAAUUUGGUUAAAGAAAAUCUCAGUUCAAACAGUCGUUUGGGUUGCAAAUAGGUGCGACCCGAUUAAUGACACGUCUGGUGUUUUGAUGAUAAACAGCACAGGCAAUCUGGUACUCCUCAGUCAAAGCGGGAGUGUUGUUUGGGCACCAAACUCAAGGAAUGGUGCUCAAAACCCAGUUUUGCAGCUCUCGGAUUCUGGAAAUCUUGUUUUAAAGGAUAGAAUUGCUGGUAAAACAGAAACACUUUUGUGGCAAAGCUUUGACUAUCCCACUAAUUCUUGGCUGCCAGGGAUGAAACUUGGAUGGGACUUAAGGACUGAUCUUAAUCGACGACUAUCAGCGUGGAAGUCCUCAGAUGAUCCAUGUCCUGGAGACUUAACUCUUGGGAUAGAGCGAUAUAAUUAUCCCGACCUUGUUAUGUGGAAAGGCUCAAACAAGUAUUUCCGUGCAGGCGGCUGGGAUGGCAUUGGAGCGACUGGUUUACGCCUACCGGAGCCAAAUCUCUACUUUACGUUCAAUGUCACCAUAAAUGAAGAGGAGAUAUACAUCAUCUAUACCCUCAAAAUCGAAUCAAUAAUCACAACAAUUGUUUUGAACCAAACUUCCAGUAGGCUGCAGCGCACCAUAUGGAAUGAAGAAGCUAGAACUUGGGUAGUGUACAGUCAACUUCCAACAGAUGACUGUGAUAACUAUGGGAUUGGUUACAUGGCACCAGAAUAUGCUUUUGAUGGGCAAUUCUCAGUCAAAUCUGAUGUUUUCAGCUUUGGUAUACUGAUGCUAGAGAUAAUAAGUGGUAGGAAGAACAGGGGGCUUCACCAUCUCAACCAUAGCAACCUUAUUGGACAUGUAGGCUUGGAGAUUGUGGAAAGAAGGAAGCACUUCUCAACUAAUUGAUUCGUUUGUACUGGAGUCUUGCACUCUAACUGAAGUAUUAAGGUGUAUUCACAUUAGUUUGUUAUGUGUUCAGCAUCAACCCGAGGACAGGCCGAGUAUGUCAUCUAUUGUUUUGAUGCUGGGUAGUGAGAAUACACUGGUACAACCCAAAGAACCCAGUUUCCUUGUUCACAGCAAAUCACAUGAAACAAUUUCUUCAUCUAGCAAGCCUGAAUCAUGUUCAACCAAUGAACUUAGCCUGUCAAU